AUGGCUCACCAGCUGACUGAGGAGCAGAUCGCAGAAUUCAAGGAGGCCUUUUCCCUGUUUGAUAAGGAUGGAGAUAGGACAAUCACCACCAAGGAGUUGUGGACAGUGAUGCAGUCGCUAGGUCAGAACCCGACUGAGGCUGAGCUCCAAGAUAUGAUCAAUCAGGUGGAUGUAGAUGGAAAAGGGACCAUUGGCUUCCCUGAAUUCCUGACCACGACGGCAAGAAAGAUGAAGGACACAGACAGCGAGGAACAAAUUCGAGAGGCAUUCGUCGUCUUUGACAAGGAUGUGAAGGGUUACGUCAGUGCCUCAGAGCUUCGUCAUAUGAUGACCAACCUUGGGGAGAAGCUGACUGACGAGGUGGACGAUGAUCAGAGAGGUGGACAUAGAUGGUGA